AUGAACAGUAGCGGGGGCGGGGGCGGUGGGGGUGGCAUCUUCGUGGAGGCGGUGGCCACCCUUCGCCGCAGCGGUACCAUGACCGGGCAGCUGAAUCUCAACAAAUCGGGGCAGCAGCAAGACACACUGAUUCUCAACACGCAGCUCCAGAGCGUCCAAAUGCAGCUUCAAGAGAAGCACAACGAGCUGAACUACUACAAGUCGUAUUGCGAGGAGUUGGAGAAGGAGGUGGCCAGGCUCAAGCUGCAGCUGGCCCUCAAGGACCAGGAAGUGGAGGACCUCACCGCGCGCCAGGACGCGCCAGUGCUGCGCAGUCGCUUGUCUUCGUCGGCCUCCGUCGGCACACGCUCUGCGACGGUCAGCGGCGACGACGCCUCCGCCGCCGCGGCCCACAUUCGCGGCACCGGCCGACCGUCCAAGGUGGCGCCCUGGAUCGUGGGCAUCGGUAGCAGCCGCCUGCUUUCCCGCCACAAAGAGCCCAGCAGCCCGCCCCUCUCGACCGCGGUGGUCGGCUCGCAACAACAACAUCCCACGAGCCCGGGCCAGACCGACGCCGCAGCGGCGACUCCCAACAACCUCCUGCGAACCAGCGGCUCUUUGAUGUCCGAAGGAGUCAGCGAGCGCCAUCAUCGCCUCAGCGCCGAAAUCAACGCGCCAAAGGAGGAGCGCCGGCGCCUGUCUAUACUGGCGACGCUGGCCGCGGCCGGCGAGGCCGCCAAGGACUACGACACAUACCACUGCGACCGCGAGAACGUGCACACGCUCAACGCACUCGAGGCCGAGGUACACGCGCUCGAGGCUGAGGUCAAGCUGCUGGAGCGAGUGGCCAGCGGCGAGGCGCUCGAUCUCGACCUGGACGAGCUGGACCUGGUCCUGUCCUCGUCGUCGGCCUCAUCAUCGGCCUCGUCCUCCCCCGGUGGCAGCCCUCAUCUCCAGCAGCGCCAGACCCUGCGCAUGAUCGCCAGCUCGGCACCCAUUCCCACGCGGACCCGCCAGCGAGUCUCGCUAAGCGAAGCCAGGGCUAUCGCGCCGCGAAUCGACGACCCGGACGAAGCCGACGCCGACGCCCAGGUCGACAACAAGGGAGACGGCGUUGAGAGCGAGAAGAACACCGGCGGCGAGGAGGGUCAAGUGAACAACAACAACAACAACAACAACAGCGGCAGCAGUAACAACGCUGGCAACGAGCGGCGGCGCGACUUGUCCAAGCGUUCACUAUCGGCAGACUACACCAACGAUGCGGCCACUGCUCCCCAAUCGCAGACCGACGGUGGUGAGGCCUCGAAGGAAGCGAGCGAGUCGUCGGGCGACGAACGACCUGGGCAAAAGAGGCUGAGCUGGGUCAAGGCCGGCUCGCCGUGGGAACAGGACAACACCGCGGGCGAGACCACCAAGACGACCGGAAAGCGGAAGAGCCUCUCCUCCCUCCGGCUGGUCAAGGAGGAGAACAGGAAGGGCUUCGGCUUCAAGGCGGUGCUGCCACUGGUGGCUCAGUGCGAGGGCUUCACCGUCGAAUGUGAAUACGACUACACCAUCAAGACGGAAGCGAACUACUACAGCUUCCUCCAACAAAACUGGUACAAGGAGCAUUACUACCCACACGAACACACGUGCUUCAUCGGAGUGGACACUCCAUUGGGCACGGUGAUUGCCGCCGCCAAGCGAGAGAAGGACGAUUCCGGCAACUACCAAUACAGCAUCAUGGUCCUCACACAAGACGGUGACCAGAAGGCGGUGGUACCGGCCAGUGCGCUGGGCGCGGCAGCGGCCACUCCCGGGUGGGCGCACAAGGUCGUGGAGGCCUCCUUCCCGCUCCUGCUCACGACUGGCUGCCUGAAACACAUCGACCAUCCGCAGCUGCCACAGGCCAUCGUCAACCUCGAAGAGAAAGAGCGACCUCGAAAGUACAAAUUCGGCGUCGUGCUGGUGCAGAAGGGUCAGGACUCGGAGGAGCACUUUUUUUCCAACCAGCGGGGGAGUGCGGACUACGAGACGUUCCUCCAGUUGCUGGGAAAUCGGGGGUGGGAGAAGUUCGCGGGCGGGCUCAAUGUAAAAAACGACAUCACGGGGACAGACUCCAUCUACACGGAGUGGCGGGAGAACCAGAUCAUGUACCACGUCUCCACGCUACUCCCCUACACGCCAGACGAUACCCAACAGAUCGAGCGGAAGCGACACAUCGGCAACGACAUUGUGCUGAUCGUGUUCCUGGACGACCCGACCGCAUCGUAUUGUCCCAGCCUUAUCAAGUCCCACUUCAUCCAUGUGGUCGUGCUGGUGCGUGUGGAGAAGCGGGACGAGAACGGAAACGCGUCGCACCUGAGGGUGGCGGUAACGGCCAAGGACGGGGUCCCGCUGUUCGGACCCACGCUACCAAAGCCGGCCGUGUUCUCGGUGGAUGACCCGCGCAGCUUCCGAGACUUCUUCCUCUCCAAACUGAUCAACGCCGAGCUGGCGGCCUACAGGACGGCUUCGUUCUCGCGCAAGCUGCGAGUUGCCCGCAGAGCAAUGCUGGAUGACAUUUCGCUCAAGUACUGGACAUGA